GUGAAUGGACAGUCUGGAAUAUUUUCGGUUCAUUACAAGAUUCUGUUAAAUUAAAGAAUCCAGGAUUUAUUUUGGAACUUCCACAAGAGAAAAAAGGUGCUAUUUAUGACUUUUAUAAAGUAGAAAAAUCAAAUUCAUUCAUAUUUGUUAAUGAGAGUAACAAUCUGGCUAUUUAUGAUGAUUUGAUCAUAGAUAAGUAUUUGACAAAAAAUGAACAAGAUUGGAAGCAACUAUCAGGUGAAGAAUAUAUGUUGAGAAAUGAUCGUAAUAAU